GGAACAAGUCCUCCAUAAAUACUGGUCCUCCUUCCCACGCUGCAUCUCAUUUCCCUCCCCUUUCUAGCUGUUUUUACAUUUGGUUAUUUUUUUAUUUUUUUUAUUCUGUAUUCUGAUAUCGUUUCGGAUAGCUCUUCGGAUUCUUCAAUUUCAUUGAGUUACUAUUGGAAUUGAAAUCUGAAUCCGACUGGGAAGCUGGAACAGGCCGACAGGAGAUCUGGUUCGGUCUAUGGACUAUGAAGUAAUUGACAGCAGCGACACCGAUGAUGACCUGCCCCAACCACAAUAUACUGGAGCUCCCACAAGAAACACUUUUGCUGGAAAUGGAAGGUCAAAUGUAGCUCCUGCUCCAUACCAAAGCAUGUAUAACAAUAUGGAAGCCCAAAUCCACACCCUUGAACAGGAAGCAUAUGGUGCAAUACUAAGAGCUUUUAAAGCACAAUCGGAUGCCCUAACAUGGGAGAAGGAAGGUUUAAUAACAGAACUCAGGAAAGAGUUGAGAGUAUCAGAUGAUGAACACAGAGAUCUACUGACAAAAGUCAACGCUGAUGACCUCAUACAGAAAAUAAGGGAGUGGAGAAAGGUUGGUGGAAACCAACCUGUUCAUGAACUACUUGUCACUUCUACAAUAUCAGGAUCCCGCAAAAGGCAGAAAACCUCUCAAGGGAUGCAUCUACCAUUUGGUGCAUCAUCAGAUUCCUUACACCAUCAAUCAAUUACUCCAUCUACUCAACCAUCGACUCCAUCUGCAAAGUGGGGACCACCACCGGGUGCUGGAGGCAAAAGUCACAAACCUGCUCAACCAACAUCAUUGCCAUAUCAGGUUGCUGGCCGUGGUGCUACAACCACCACAAGAUCCCGUGACCCAUUGGUUGGGAGAAAGGUUAUGACUAGAUUUCCUGAAGACACCAACUUCUAUGAGGCUGUCAUAAGCGACUACAACCCCAAUAAUGGUCGCCAUGCUUUGGUCUAUGAUGUUAAUACACCUAAUGAAACUUGGGAAUGGGUUUAUCUUAAAGAGAUUCCACCUGAUGAUAUUCGAUGGGUAGGUGAUGAUCCUGGUAUAUCUCGUGGUGGAGGUAGUAGUCAAGUUCCUGCUUUUAGUAUUCAGAGGGGUGGAGGUUUCUCAAGGGACCAAUACCAUACGGAGGUUCGGCCACUACAGAAUGGUGUGGCUACGCAGAAGGCAGCUAGUGAUGAAAUUGAAAUACUGCACACAGAAACUUUGAUUAAGAAGGUAGAAAAAGUAAUGGAUGCUAAUCCUCCUAAUCUGGUCGAGAUUCAAAAGGCCAAGAAGAUGCUGAAGGAUCAUGAACAAGCAUUAAUGGAAGUCAUUGCCAAGCUAGCUGAAGCUUGUGAUAGAGGAGAAAAUGAUGGGCAGCCCAGAAAUUCACAGUACAAUUACUUGGCGGCAGCAGGGGGUGUAGAGGCUGAGAAGAGGGGGCGUGGGAGCAGUCAAGAAAUGGCAGAGGGCAGAGUUCAAGGGAUGUCUGAUCAUCAGGAUGAAGACAUAGUUGUCAUCUAAGGGUUGCCUUCUUGAUAAGCCCAUAUUCAACAAUGCAUUUUGGAUAUCAACUUCAGGUAGGGCUUUUCAGGAGUUUUAUGUCUUCAUUUUUCACAUGUGAAUAGCAUUCUGUUGGCGGCAGCUACAAGCCUACAAUACUUGCCUGGGGAAAGGAAUGCAUUACCACACCGGACAGUGUAGAUUUUCUUUGUAUAUUCACAUUUGAAUUGUUGUGUUGUCUCCCGUCUCCUUCAAAUAUAUUAGCCCUAAAACAUGUCAAGGCAUGCAUCUUUUAUGUGAUGCGCAUCAGCACAAAUUCAAUUUAGAUUCAAUAUGAAAUAUUAGCCUAGCAGAAAAUUAUAAGGAUUUGGUGCAGUUACUCACCUUUCAAUUAUAUGGUUUUGGUUAUUUCUGUAAUGAUUUGG